AUGAGGCUGCUGUACUCGUGGUCGUGGUGGUGCUGGUGUUGGACAUGGGUGUUUGUGCUCUUGUCAACCUUGGUAGUACAUGUCCAAGGAAGCCCUGAUCCUGCCGCACGUCAACAGCAUCCGCAAGAGCAGCAGCAGCAGCAGCAGCAGUCUCAGACAAUUGUCUGGUCUGUCCUGCCGCUGUCCAAUAUUCCAGCCAAGCUUUCAACGACCUCCGGGCAUGUCCGUUGGAAGACUGAGUCCUGGUCGACCUGUGUAGACAAUGAGCAGCUCUCUAAGCAGCUGGGCUGCUCAGUCAACGUGCCCACUCGAAUUCGUUCCGUCACCUGCGUCCAUCGCUUCUUCCUAACUAGGGAAGACGAGUCGCUGUGUCUUCAAAAGAAGCCACGACCGGAGAGCAUUUCCAUAUGCAGUGGUCCGUGUUACCAACACUCACCCUACUCCUACCAAUGGCAAGUCGAUGCUUGGAGCAACUGCAGAUACCUAUUCGUGCGCCUUAGCAACAAUCGCAAGAAGUAUCGGCCCAAGCAAGUCCGCAGCGUCACCUGUAGUCACGUGCCCAGUAAUCGACCCGUCGAUUCAAGUCUCUGUCGGGUUUUCAGUGCCACCCGACGCCCAAGAAUGUAUCGACGGUGUCGCUUCUCGUCCGGCAGUCACUUGGCCGACGCCGGGGACAGUGAUCUUCCAGGUCAUGCCACCUUCCCCAACAUCACCAGCUGCGGAUCAGGGGCGUGGGGUGAGUGGUCCGGCUGUCAGUACAGACUGCACUGCGCAUUUGAGCUGUGCCGGCGGCGCAAGCGAAUUCCGGGCACCGUGGCAGCAAACGCCACAUUCGAGCCGGACGACUGUCGCGGCGCGGUGCAGAUCAGCAUGUGCGUCACUCCUCCGUCACCCUACGUGCUUCAGACCGACCACUGGCCGAGGACAUGUGUCGGCAUUAGUUCGCAGCACUCACAGGGUUUUCAGGUGGGCACCAGGGAGCGGAAUGUGUCCUGCAUAAAUACGAAGGACGGGAGCACAGCAGCGCACCGCGCGUGCGGCUAUUACAAGUCGCCACGGGACAAAGUGACAUACUCAACGUGUGUGGUUCCGCGCGAUUGUCGUGUGUCGCCCUGGAGUGAAUGGACCUAUUCACAUAAUCUGCCUGGCGUUUGCAUUCUGUCCGUUGAGGGCGUUCAUGCUGUCUGGCCAACCAAUUUCACCGUCAGUCGCAGCCGCACGGUCACAGCGCCUCGAUUUGGUGACGGAGCAACGUGUCCAUCGUUGACGAAAAUAAACCUGUUGACCCCUUCCGAUGCGGUCAAGCUAGGCGUGCGGAAAUGCAGUCGCCUGUACGAAUGGUCUUACAGUGACUGGUCUAACUGCACGCAGGAGAUGGACAAUGAGGGUAACGUUCGUUGCCGCCAGGUCAGGGAAGUGUUCUGCCAAGUGUCCGGCUCAAGUCCCGGCAAUGCGUCACAGCGUGUUGAUGAUCUGCUCUGCUCACCUGGUUAUCUGCCUCGUGGUGUGGCAUGGACCAAGCCAGUAGAAACACGAGACUGUGGAACUGAGUGCUUGCCCAUGUGUACAUUAUCCCUGUGGAGUGCCUGGAGUCCGUGCAAGCAGGCCACCAAAUGCACUGAUAGACGUCUUACAGCAAGUAGCUGGCAGACCAGGUCCCGUACUGUACUGAGAGCUGUGAAAGGCCGUCAGUGUAAGCAUGUGGCAGAGAAGCGACGCUGCGGACAUCAGCGCUGCUUGCACUACGUCACGGAUGAGCGGAGCGGACCUUGUGGAGUGAAUGACACAGUGGGACGACCGGACGGGAGCUGGGGAUGUGUUUUCCGAUUGCGUCUCGGCGGCAAGCGACGCCGAUGCCGCUGUUCCCGCCGUUGCCCGUCAUGGAGUGAUAUACGCGCCAUGGAUGUCUGGCGGGAUUAUGGUCAGUGCGAGCCCGUUGGCGAGGGGAACUCCAGCGAGUGGCAGCAGAUCAAGUAUCGGCCACCGCAGAGUGUUACUCACAGUCAUUGCCCCACAGAGUUCAUAACAAGACCAUGCGUGCCGAGUUUGGCCAAGCCGGUCUUCGCCUGGCAUGCGGGAGAAUUCCCGGAGAACUGUUUGGACGCGUCCUUUCACAACAUAUCUCGCAGCCUGCUGAAGAAAUCUCCGCCGCCAAAGUGCAAGGUGUGCGGAACUGGCAUUCGAUAUCGACCUGUCGCCUGUGUGCCAGUGGGCUUAGACGGUGAACUGAGGGUGUCACGGUCUGAUGAUGGCCAGUUACACCAAGUGGACAGGAAGAAAUGUCCUGCUGGUCCGGAUGUGAAGCCGCAUCAUGCAGAGAUGUGCCAUAUCUGUUGCAAGAACCCUCCAACAUAG